AUGGAUCCUGAAUCAGAGAGACCACAGAUUUGCAAUGUAACACCUUUUCAACAGAUUGUUGCCUCUUGUACUGGGGCCAUACUGACAUCACUAAUGGUGACACCCUUGGAUGUUGUUAAAAUUCGACUGCAAGCUCAAAACAACCAAUUUUCCAAAGGAGAAUGUUUUGUAUAUAAUAAUGGACUUAUGGAUCAUGUCUGUAUCUGUGAAGAAGAAGGCAACAAAGCAUGGUAUAAGAAGCCAGGAUAUUUCCGGGGAACAUUAGAUGCAUUUAUAAAAAUCAUUCGAAAUGAGGGCAUUAAAUCCCUGUGGAGUGGCCUUCCCCCCACCUUAGUAAUGGCAGUUCCUGCUACAGUUAUCUAUUUUACUUGCUACGAUCAAUUAACUGCUUUCCUGAAAUCUAAAUUAGGAGAAAAUGAACGCCAUAUACCAAUUUUUGCUGGAAUUGUGGCCAGAUUUGGUGCAGUAACUGUAAUAAGUCCAUUAGAAUUGAUAAGAACCAAGAUGCAAUCUAAGAGGUUUUCUUAUAACGAGCUGCAUCAAUUUAUAAGCAAAAAAGUAUCAGAAGAUGGUUGGAUUUCCCUUUGGAGAGGCUGGACUCCUACUCUUCUUAGGGAUGUACCAUUCUCAGCAAUGUACUGGUAUAACUAUGAACUUAUAAGGAAAUGGUUGUGUGUGAAAUAUGGCUUAUAUGAACCCACAUUUAUGGUCAACUUUACUUCAGGAGCAUUGUCUGGUUCUUUCGCAGCUGUUGUAACUUUGCCCUUUGAUGUGGUAAAAACACAAAAGCAGACACAUCUUUGGAUGUAUGAAAGUCAUAAAAUUUCUAAGCCUUUGCGUAUGUCAACCUGGGCUAUAAUGAAGAACAUUGUUGCUAAGAAUGGGUUAUCUGGAUUAUUUACAGGCCUAACUCCCCGUUUAAUUAAAAUUGCUCCUGCUUGUGCCAUCAUGAUCAGUACAUAUGAAUUUGGAAAGGCUUUUUUCCACAAACAAAACACUCAAAGACAGCAAUUGUAG